CCUGCCCAGCCGCCUCCAGUCCGGCCCCUUCCCAGCCAUGGAGGCGGAAGCGGCGCACGCCUCGGCUCUCCUGCGGGGCCUGGCGGCGCUGCGCUCGGAGCGGGCACUGCUGGACGUCACCCUGCUGGCCGGCACGGGCGAGGAGUUCGGGGCGCACCGGGCGGUGCUGGCGGCGGCCUCGGGCUACUUCCGCGCCAUGUUCGCCGGCGGCUUGCGCGAAGCCCGCGCGUCCCGGGUGCGGCUGCACGGCGUGGAGCCCGACUGCCUGGCGCUCCUGCUCGACUUCGCCUACAGCGGCCAGCUGGGCUCCUGGAGCCUGGAGCCGCACUUGGCGCAGCGGCUCUUGAGCGCAGCCGACCUCCUCCAGUUCCCCGCCGUCAAAGCCGCCUGCGGAGCUUGGCUGGCCGCCCGGCUCGAACCCGCCGCCGCGCUGGACAUGCAGGACUUCGCCGAGACCUUCGCCUGCGCCCCGCUGGCCGACGCCGCCCGCAGGUGCGUCCUGCGCCACGCCGCCGAGCCCGACGGGGAGCUGGGCGCGCAGCUGGAGCGCGUCCCGUUGGCCCGGCUGGUCUCCUACCUGCGCGAGGACGCGCUGCGCGUGCCCAAGGAGGAGGCCGCCUUCGCGCUGGCCCUGCGCUGGGUGCGCGCCGAGCCCGGGUCGCGCGCGGGCUUGCUGCCCCAGCUGCUGGCCCACGUGCGGCUCCCGUUCGUGCGGCGCUUCGCCCUGCUGGCGCAGGUGGAGGGCGAGCCGCUGGUGGCGCGGUCCUCGGCUUGCCUGCGCCUGGUGGCCGAGGCGCGGCUCUUCCAAGCCGGCCGCUUGGAUCGCCACGAGAGGUCGCCCUGCGCCCGGCUGCGCCCUCGCCCUUCCACCGGGCUGGCCGAGCUGCUGGUGGUGCUGGGCGGAUGCGACCGGGAUUGCGACGAGCUGGUGACGGUGGAUGGCUUCAACCCGCGCACGGGCCACUGGCGCUACCUGGCCGAGUUCCCCGAGCACCUGGGAGGCGGGUACAGCGCCGUUGCCCUGUGCAACGAUGUCUACGUCACCGGCGGCUCCGACGGCUCGCGGCUCUAUGACUGCGUCUGGCGCUACAACUCCAGCGUGAACGAGUGGACGGAGGUGUCCCCCAUGCUGAAAGCCCGCGAGUACCACAGCUCGGCCGUCUUGGAUGGCCUGCUCUACAUCGUGGCGGCCGACAGCACCGAGCGCUACGACCACGUGCUGGACAGCUGGGAGGUUUUGCAGCCCAUGCUCUACCCCAUGGACGACUGCUCCACCGUCACCUACCGCGGGAAGCUGUACGCCACCGGCUCCCUGGCCGGCAAGGAGUCCUUGGUUAUGCAGUGCUACGACCCGGAGUCGGACCUCUGGACUCUGGUGAACUGUGGGCCUCUGCCCCCUUGGUCCUUCGCACCCAAGGCUGUCACUCUCGGAGGGCUCAUGUACUUCAUCAGAGAUGAUUCGGUUGAAGUUGAUGUCUAUAACCCUGCCAAGAAUCAAUGGGAUAAAAUCCCUCCGAUGCUCCAGGUGCACGUAGGAGGAAGUUUGGCCGUUCUGGGAGGUAAACUUUACAUCUCCGGCGGUUACGACAAUACCUUCGAACUUUCCGCCAUGGUGGAAUCGUACGAUCCCGAGACCCGGAAGUGGAGCGUGGCCGGCCAGUUGCCGGAGCCCAUUUUUUGGCACAACAGCGUCAGUAUUUUCCGCCAGUUCAUGCCGACGGCGCUGGAGGAAGAAGAUGAGAAGCGGGGGUUGGAAGACCCCUUCGCCCCCAACCCUCCGCGAGAAAACUUGCAGGAGCUGCGUUAAGGGGUCGCCUGGUGGUUUGCUGCGGUGGCUUGUGGGUGGUCCCGUGGGGUACCCCUGUGUGGGACCCCAUUGUUCAAGUCUUUGGUCAACCGAGGAGCAGGGUGGAGUUGCAGGCCAGUUCCUGAACGAUUAAUUGGGGGGUGGACAGAAGUUUGGGGUUCAGCCACAGGGGUAGAUUGGGGGGGAACCUUUGAAGGGAAGGUCUUCCAGGUGAGGAGGGGGUCAGAAAUGCGGCCUGGGGUGGAAAGCCAAGCCAGAACAUGUCCAUUCCCCUUUCUUGAGCUUGGGACAGAAUUCAGGAUUCAUAGGUCAAGUACUGGUCAAAAACGCUCUAAAAAUGAUCCUUCCUCCCCCCCUCCCUGCCCCCGGGGUUGGGAUAGAUGACCUCACGGGGACCCAUCCCAGGUUCUGCUUUUGCCCUCCCCCCACCCCUCCUGUUUCUUGCAAUCUGGAUGGUCCAAAAGAGGAAGGACUGGUUAGCCGAGGGAGGUUUUCAUCCGGGGUUGGGAUGGAUGACCUCAAAGGAACCCCCGUCCCAGAUUCUGCUUCUGUGGUCACCACCCAGUCAAGUUGACCAGAGUUUCUGUCCUUUGACAGUCCGUACCAUCCAUUCCUUGGUAUUUGCUGGAGGGGGGAAGGCGGGGGGGAAUGGAUCGUGUUGCCUGUCCCGCACUGAGCAAGGGGUUAGACUGGAUGUCCUCUACGCCCCCCCUCCCACUUUACAUUUCUGUCAUUUUGCAUCUGGAGAGAGAGGAGGCUGUAACUUUUUAUUCCCCCCCUGGAAGAAAUUGCACAUCGAGCCAGUUGUGCCUUCGAGGCGAAAGGAAAGCCUCGUGUUAAAAGCCUGGGUAAUAAACCACGAAUGAUGGCUGGCUGAAAUUGAGGUGUUGUGCAGGAUGUGUGAACGGAAACCCCGCUGAACCCCACUUUGGGUGUGCCUUAGAUUGUGAGGAGGGGCCUUGAGUUUUGCCGUAUAUGUGGCAUCACAAUGAUGCAAUGAUCGAUUGCAAUUUUGCAUUUGGGGAGUGGGUUUUUGCAAAAUCAAAAACGUGAAGGUGGGUUGUGCAUCCCCUGCGGCGCAGGGGACAAUCCUGGUUAGUUGGACAAUCCUGGUUAGUUCCAUUUGGGGUGCGUUUCCUACAGGCCUGGCUCUCCCCACUCAGCCAAACAACAGUUCCUUUCAAUAAACUACAACUAAACCGACUUCCGCUUUAGCAAAAUGGCAGCCAAGCCAUCGUGAUGCCUUCUGAAUGUUUGAUCCACUCAAAAUUUAUUUAUUUCGGCUUAUUCCCCCACAUUCUUUUAACUUUGGCAGGAAAAAGACACUUUAAAUGUUAUCAAAUUAAGGGAUUUUUAAAGUUGCUUUUUUUUUGAGAAAAAAACCAAGGUUGAAUUGGUGCCCUCCCUCUGCCACUCAUUCAUCAAGAGGACUAGUGUCUUGGGAAAAAAAUAAUGAACCAUUACUCCUUUUGGCAGUUUUGAAGGAGACUAUAUUCCCCGUGGCCUGUAAUCUCUACGAUGGAGAGAAAUAUAUUUUUAUAGACUUUUCAAUUUCUACGCGCUGGCCUAGAAUGGACGCAGCGUGGCUUUAGAACGGACGGAAAAGCAGAUCGAAGGCUCUCGCGUUGCUGCUUCAUUCCCCGUUUUUCCCUCUGCAACUGCCAACCCCCCCAUAGUCCUCGACUUACAAUGGUUCACUUAGUGACCAAAGUUACGACGGCACUAAAAAAGCGACUUGCAUUCGUUUACUUGCGACUGCUGUAGCAUCCCCCCACCCCCUCCACGGUCAACGUGAUCAAAAUUCACACACUCGGCCGACUCAUACUUAUGACGGCCGCAGUUUCCUGGGAUCACGUGAUCCCCUUUUUACGACCUUCCGACAAGCGAGGGCGGCGGGGAAGCCGGAAUCGCUUCAGGGCCGCGUGACUAGCUUAACAGCAGUGAUUCACUUAACAACCGCAGCAGGAACGGUCACACAAGGGGGCAAAAUUCACGAAACGUUUUGCUUAACAGAAAUGUGGUUGUAAGUCGAGGACUGCACUGUAUUUAAAGACGGGCUUGUUUUCCACGUGGUCGUGGCUGUUUGCGUGGUUUCUUCUUUCAAUACCUUCCAAUGUACGAGAAUAAUAAUUAUAUAUUUUGGGGGGCAGUUUUAAGAAGGGGGGGGAACUGGGCUUGCAACCUCUUGUUCUGAGUUGGACGGACACCCCCCACGCCCCCGGAGCGACUUUUUGUAUUUAUUGAAUGUUUUAAAUGUAGUUCUUGCACUUGGCGCCUGACGUACUGUAGUUCUCUUUCUCCUUCGAAGCAAAAAAUAUUCUGGUUUUUGGUAAAGCUGCUUUCGGAAAACUUGAAAAGUGCCAAAUAAAAAGAGAUGCGUUGACA